GCUAGAUCCCACAUGCCGCGGCUAAGACCUGGUGCCGCUAAAUAAAUGCAUUUGUCUUCUUUUUAAAUUAUGCUGCCUUUAGGCUUUCACUUUUCUUGCUUCACUCGUCAAACUCUAUUAUAGUCAUAGGCUAGUCUUCAGAUGCUAGCAGUGAAGGGUCUCAGGGAGCUGAGGCAGAAGCAUCACUGGGUUUCCAUCUCAGCUGAGUUGGCAGGACUUUGAGAAGAGACCAGGUGUGAGCACCUGCCUUGUCCAAUUAUAGUUAAUCUAGCUGGCAAAAACCAGAAUGGAAAGUCUAGUGAUUCGUGGUGAUAAGGAUGAGCAGGCCGUUCUGUGCAGUGAAGACAAAACAUACGACUUGAAAGUAGCAGACACUUCCAACAUGUUGCUUUUUAUUCCCGGUUGUAAAAUUCCAGAGCAGCUGAAGAUGGAAGAAACACACAGUAACAUUAUUCACACUGAGAUCUUUGGUUUUUCUAACAACUACUGGGAAUUAAGAAGAUGUAGACCUAAACUAAAGAAGUUAAAGAAACUUUUGAUGGAAAAUACCUAUGAAGGGCCUGACAGUGAAAAGGAAAAGGAUUCCAGUCACUUAAAAUAUACGACUGGAGAUUUGCUUGAUCAAAUUCAGGCAAGUGAGGAAGAGAUAAUGACCCAGUUACAAGUUCUCAACGCCUGUGAGAUUGGAGGUUAUUGGAGGAUUCUCGAAUUUGAUUAUGAGAUGAAACUUCUGAAUCAUAUAACUCAGCUUGUGGAUUCUGAAUCUUGGUCUUUUAGCAAAGUUCCUUUGAAUACGUGCCUUCAGGAACUUGGACCAUUGGAACCAGAGGAAAUGAUUGAACACUGUCUUAGAUGUUAUGGAAAGAAAUACACAGAGGAAGGCGAAGUUUAUUUUGAACUGAGUGCAGAUAAGAUAUGCAGAGCCACAGCACAGAUGCUACUUCAGAACGCAGUGAAAUUCAACCUCGCUGAGUUUCAGGAGGUAUGGCAACAGAGUGUUCCCGAAGGAAUGACAACGAGGCUUGAUCAGCUUCAGGGUUUGGCCUUGGUAGAUAGACAGUCAAGACCAGAAAUCAUAUUUCUGCUGAAAGUGGAAGACUUGCCUGAGGGGGAUCAGGAACGGUUCAGUAGUCUGUUCUCUCUGAGAGAGAAGUGGACAGAAGAAGAUAUUGCUCCAUAUAUUCAAGAUUUGUGCGGAGAGAAGCAAACCGUUGGUGCACUGCUCACAAAAUAUGCUCGAUCUUCAAUGCGAAAUGGUGUCAAAGUUUAUAACUCAAGAAGACCCAUUUCUUAAAAAGAACAACAGUUUUUUCUUUGGGACUAAAGUUGCUGGAUAUAAGAAAGUGUUUUUUUAUGUAUUUGUAUUGCAGACUUUGAAAAACUAAAUGCUGUGAGGCCUUUUCUCCUCAUCUUCAGGAUUUUAAAACUAUUGCUCUUUUUUCUUAAAGGUGAUAGGAUAUUUUAUGUCUUUCAGGAUAUGUUUGUUUCAUGUACACAGUGUGAACAAGGACAAAAGGGCUAUUUUCUAUAUUUAGUAUAUCUUGGUAGUCUAUAUGAGUUCAUUUAUAGAGUAACAGGAUUGGUUUUUUAUAUUGAAAAUUGCAGUAUUUAAUUAGGAUUUGACAUUCUAGUCAUUAAUAAAUUUGAAAGUUUUCAGAGAACUAAA